GGGAGUUGUGGUCCGCGCGGCCCCGCGGAGCGCAGCGCGGCGUCGGCACCGGCGGGGGCACCGGCUCGCCUCCGGCUCGGGCUCCCACGGCGUGGGCCGGGCGGUGGCCCCGCGGCGCGGGCAGGGGGCGUCUGCGCGUCCGCGCCCUCGGGCGACGGCGUCGCCCCGGCCCCAGCGUCCGCCCCCGCCGCCCGCGCGCAGGUUUGGACGUCCUAAAAAAAUCCUUUCACGGUGACCGACCCCGCCUGCCAGGGUGGCGUGAAGCGGCUCCUUCCAGCCUCCGUGCAGUGACUUUUGCCGGGAGUGGAGUGGCGAGCCCAGACGUCUGUCUAUGCCGCCCUUGGCGGGCUCCGAGGAACAGUGGCCGCCAUGCCUCCCCCCACCCCAGCUGCCCCGUCCCCCGCGCGCUAAGCUGCAUGGUGUGGGUGCCCCCGGGACCCCCGAGGACUGACUGCCUGACCUUGCUUCACACCCCCACCGACAACCGGCCCCCCAAGAUGUCUCUCGAGUGGCUGGUGGCCUGGAGCUGGUCGCUGGACGGCCUGCGAGACUGCAUCGCCACGGGCAUCCAGUCGGUGCGGGACUGCGACACCACCGCCGUGGUCACCGUGGCCUGCCUGCUGGUCCUGUUCGUGUGGUACUGUUACCACGUGGGCCGGGAGCAGCCCCGGCCCUACGUGUCCGUCAACUCCCUGAUGCAGGGUGCGGACGCCAACGGGCUGCAGAACGGGUACGUGUACUGCCAGUCGCCCGAGUGCGUGCGCUGCGCCCACAACGAGGGCCUCAACCAGAAGCUCUACCACAAUCUGCAGGAGUACGCCAAGCGGUACUCGUGGUCCGGCAUGGGCCGCAUCCACAAGGGCAUCCGCGAGCAGGGCCGCUACCUCAACAGCCGGCCCUCCAUCCAGAAGCCCGAGGUCUUCUUCCUGCCCGACCUCCCCACCACGCCAUACUUCGCCCGGGACGCGCAGAAGCACGACGUGGAGCUGCUGGAACGGAACUUCCAGACCAUCCUGUGCGAGUUUGAGACCCUCUACAAGGCUUUCUCAAACUGCAGCCUCCCGCAAGGAUGGAAAAUGAACAGCACCCCCAGCGGGGAGUGGGUCACCUUUUACUUGGUCAAUCAGGGGGUUUGCGUUCCCAGGAACUGCAGGAAGUGCCCACGGACGUACCGCUUGCUCGGAAGCCUUCGGACCUGUAUUGGGAACAAUGUUUUUGGGAAUGCGUGCAUCUCCGUGCUGAGCCCCGGGACUGUGAUAACGGAGCAUUAUGGACCCACCAACAUACGCAUCCGAUGCCAUUUAGGUCUCAAAACUCCCAGUGGCUGCGAGCUGGUGGUGGGGGGAGAGCCCCAGUGUUGGGCGGAAGGACGCUGCCUCCUCUUUGAUGAUUCUUUCCUGCACACUGCAUUCCACGAGGGUUCGGCAGAGGAUGGCCCGCGGGUGGUUUUCAUGGUGGAUUUGUGGCACCCCAACGUGGCAGCGGCCGAACGGCAGGCUCUGGAUUUCAUCUUUGCUCCAGGACGAUGAGAACAGUCCCCGUGCUGGAGUCGGCGAGAGCGGCCGCGGGUCAGCCUGGGCAGGCUGGGGUCCGGUCCAGCCCCCAACCCGUGCUGGGAUUCCAUGCUCAGAAGCCUGCCUCGACGGAAAGUCCUUACUUGGGAUUUUGAGAUCACGUUGGGUCCCUCUUUCCUUUGAUUAUUGUAAAUGGGAAAUUUUUGGCUUGUAUUUCCUUAGAUUUGUUUUUUUUUUUUUUUUUCCUUCCAGUCAUUUGCUCCCGCGACUCCUUCCUGCCUAAUAGCGCAUUACUUUGCUCCGGGGCCGGAGGCUCAGUGCCCCUGUCCUUGCCGUAUCGCUGCUCGGUUUUCCCAGUGCUCUGAAACAGCAUAAGCAAACGGUUAUGUGUCUGAAUGUAAUAACGUGAAACUUCUUGUGGUCAUCUUAAGAGAAAAACAAAAACAAAACUCGACCAAAAAACUGCACACCAGAGCGCUAGAGACCUUGGCCUCUCUUGCUGUCACGGCCACACAGGGGAUCCUUCGGCCACGCCGGGCCGGCGGCCAGGAGAGCGUGCAGCCCCCACGCCCGGCCGGCUUCCCGGGCAGGGUGGACCCGGUAAGGGGCGGCGCGUGGCGGCCGGGCCCCAGCGGGACCCUGUCGCUGUCGCUCACCUCACUCCGAACCCUGUCAGGCCCCUGACGGCAGGGAGCGUCCGGCUGGUGGGACUGGCGGCUUUUCCGUAAACACGGCUUCCCCGCAGAGCUGGGGCUAGUGUCCCCAGCAGCCAAGUCAGGGCUCCCACGGAUCAGCUGCGGAUCGUGCGAUCCACUUACCUCACUGCCUACCGAAGCCCUACUGCCAAACCGGGCCUGGAAAAUUCCCCGUGCAGCUGUUUCGAGUCCACGGUGAUAAACGUCAAGACCGCCAGGUUGGCUGGUAGGAGCCGGGGGGUGUGCGGUGAGCCCUCGCUCGUCCAAGUGACAUUCCAGGAACCACCUUCCUCUGGCAAAACUGGAAUCGUAGAUCCGACCAAAAAGUGUCCGUUCUGCUUUGGAGUUCUGUUGCCUAUGAGUGUUUCCAUUUAUCCGUCUGUACAUAAAUGUUCAAGCGCCAGACUCCGAGACGGUGGAGGCAUCGGCCCCGUGUCCCUGUCACCGCACGGGUGCAUGCCGAGCGACAGCGACCCAGGCCAGUGUGUGUGAGAGAGAGAGGCCACCGGGAAGACCCACGAACCCGAAAGACCCACAGUCACGGUGCUGGCCUCUUGGUCGCCUGUGAAGGACAUGGCCAGUUUGAGGCACUGAUUCUAGAAACGUCCUCCUGUUAGCCGACGUGUACAAGAGUAGCCUGUGGCCAUACUCGAGACGCCUUUUUUGAAUAGUGCGUUACGAGCAGUGUCCGAUUUAUAAAGCCGUGGGGCCGUGUGGAAUAUGCAGUUUGUCCCACGGACAGGGCCGGGGCCGUGUCUGAACGGAAACCGGCAGCGCCUGCGAGGAACAGCCGUCAGGAGGAACCGUGAUCCGAAACGCAGUAGGCCGUUACUGGCACGCGAGCGAAGAAAACCUGUCUCUAUUUGGGUAAACUUUCUAUACAGACAUUUUUCAGCGAUCAGAACGCGGGACAGGGCAGACAUUUCGAACACACCUGAAGUCUUUUUACUCAUUAAGUAUCUUGUUCCGGAAUCACCGAGGUGCAUGAUUUCUAUACAUACUGACUGCUGUACGUUUACAAAGCCAACAGCCCACGCAGGUACCCGGCUACCUGAACUCAUGUCACAUGGUUGGGGAACAGGAGAUAAAUAAAGGAUCUUGCCGAAAACCAGA